ACGUCGUUUGCAACCCCUAAACUCUCACCUCCCUCCGUCAACGUCAUUAGACUGAAGCUCGAGCUCUCUCAUCUUUGUCAUUGUUGCUCAAUGCUCACUGCUGUCGCACCGAAGCUCCCUCCCUCUCUCGGCUCCGGUCUCUUGCUGUCUCCGAUGUUGCACUCAAGCUCGUCGUCGUUCUCUCGGAUCGGGUCUUUCCCACGGUCUCCGGUCUCGCACUCAGUCGCGCUCGCUCUCCUGUCCUGCCCUUGUUGUCGCCGGUGGCAGAAGCAUCAUGGAGGUCCUGGGGUUCCUCCUCGCCGUCAGUAACUCUGGCCGUCAGCUUCCUCCCCGCCGUCAGCUUCCUUCGCGCAACCAGAAGCUGGUCCCGAUUUGGAAAGAGAUAUCACAACUGCAGAAAAAAGAAAUUGAAAUGAAGAAGGCAGAAGCUAGAGGUAGCAAGGCUGAACAGAAAGCUAAGAAGAAGCAACUGGAGGACGAGGUUACUCGACUUUCUGCUAAUCUUAAAGAGGAACAUGCAAAAGCACUGGCUGAUGGGAGCAGAGAAUCCAAGCAGAGCCGAGUGACACUACAAGUUGAUGCCUCUCGGUUUAACUGUUUGUGAAAUAAAGCCUGAUGGGCACUGCCUCUAUAGAGCCGUUGAGGAUCAGCUGGCCCUCCUCUCUGGUGGUGGAUCACCUCAUAGAAAUUUGAAAACUAAAGAGGUGGAGUCCACGGCUUUAUGGGGAGGACAAUUAGAGGUUGGUGCCUUGACUCCCUGGUUGAAGAAGAAUAUUAUGAUAUUUUCAGGCUCCUUCCCGGAUGUGGAGAUGGGGAAGGAGUAUAAAUCCGCGGAUGGCACUGCCUCAUCGAGUUUGAGUGUUAUGCUCUCCUACCACAAGUAUGCUUUUGGACUUGGUGAGCAUUAUAAUUCUAUGGUCCCAGCAUGAUCUGAAUGUGUACAUCACAAAAAGUAUUUUUAUGACGAUGUUGCCUUAUAGCAUUUUUCUUUGAAACCAAACAUUUGAUGGAAGAUCUCUUGGAACCGAAGUUGUUAUAACAGUUCUUGAAUGAGUGAUUUGCUUUAAUAUAAUGCACACUUCAGUUCUUGAAUGUGUCAUUGACAUGCUCAUUGAACCGUUGUGAUCCACGUA